AUGCAGCUCCUACCCGUCUCUCUACUCCUCGGAACCCUAGCCGUUCCCGCUACCAGUGAAUCUUUCAAUCCCCUCAAUCACCUCGCUGGCAUAGCCCCCUACCGCACCAUCAACGACCCCCCGUUAGAAUCCUCCGCUCCACAGGGAUGUAAUGUAACAAAAGCGGCCUACCUGAUCCGGCACGCAGCCAUCUAUGCCAAUGACUUUGAUUACGAGACCUACCUCGAGCCGUUUGUGAAAAAGCUCCGCAACACAACCCAGGACUGGUCGAAAACGACGGACCUCAAGUUCCUAGCGAAUUGGUCCGCCCCCGUUGACGAAGAGUAUCUUGAAAAGGUCACCAAAGUCGGUUACAAGGAAGCGGUGGAGUUGGGCGUCAAGUUCCGGACCCGCUAUGCUAGUCUAUCCCACCCGAGCAAAGUCUGGUCAUCUUCUGCAGAUCGAACGACUAAGACAGCCGCCGGGUUUAUUGAGGGGUACACACUCAACAAAACCACGGGAAUGUAUCUCGUGGAGGUGAAACAGAAGAAGUAUACGGGUGUGGACUCCCUUACCCCUUACAAAAACUGUCCCGCGUACAGUGGGAGCUAUGGCAGUGACCAGUCCCAGGAAUGGGUAGAGAAGUACACCGCACCUAUCAAGGAACGGCUGAACGCCCAAGCCCCCAACUUCAACUUCACGACCUCCGACAUAGUCAGUAUGUUCGAGUUCUGCGGCUACGAAACCGUCAUUCGGGGCGACUCGCCUUUCUGUGCCACCACUCUCUUUUCCUCGAAUGACUGGCUCUCCUUCGAAUACGGCGAGGAUAUCAGGUACUUCCAUAACGUGGGGUACGGAAAGUACGCAUCGCCAAGGAUCGGAUUUCCAUGGGUGAAUGCUAGCUUGAAUGUCCUUUCUUCCAACUCUAGCCAGGAUGUUUAUGUCUCUUUCACGCACCGCGAACUCCCCCCGACCGUUAUCACAGCCCUGGGUCUCUUUAACAACAGUGCGUUUUCGGGUGCCGAUAAUGUCAACAAGACGAUGCCGACGGAUAAGAUCAACUAUGGCCGACAGUGGAAGAGCAGUGACAUUCUGCCGUUUUUGACGAAUAUUGCCAUUGAGAAGCUGAGCUGCGAUAGCUACGGAUAUGACGAGGGCGACUAUUACCGCGUGCUGGUGAACUCGAGUCCCCAACCUUUGGAGGAGUGUCGCGGUGGACCGGGAGAUAGUUGUGGUGCGUCGAAGUUUGAGGACUUCGUGAAAGGGCUGGGGGAGAGAUUUGGGGACUUUGCGGGAGCUUGUGGUGCACCCAAGAACGAGAGCCAAGUUGUAACUAUCUAUAACUAA